CACGCCGGCGCCACCUGCAGCAGCGUCUAUCCCCACCACCGCCGUGCCUCUCUCUCUCUUUCCUUUUAUCCCCACUCAGUUCUGGCUCGCAUAUCUUCUCAGCGCCGCAACCAUCAUCUCCUCCAGUCAAUGCUUCCAGUGUGAUAGUGAUCCUUCUAAGAGGUUCAUCGUGUUUUCCAGAUGAGGUUCUUGAGCGUGUUGUUGGGAUGCUGAAAUCAAGAAAGGACAGAAGCUCUAUGUCACUGGUUUGCAAGGAGUGGUACAACGCUGAGAGAUGGUCAAGGAGGAACGUGUUCAUAGAGCUUAGGCUUAAGAGGAUGACUGUUACUGAUGAGAGUUUGAAGUUCUUGGUGCGCUCUUUUCCAAACUUCAAAGCUAUUUCCCUUCAAAAUUGUGAUGGUUUCAGCACUGAUGGUUUGGUUGCAAUUGCUGCUGAUUGCAAAACCCUGGUGAUGAGGAGGCUAAAGCAAAAUUUCAGCAACUACGAAAUGUUAUCACGAUUCUUGGGGAUGAAGAAAAGCGAGCCAUUUAUGAUCAGAUUGGUUGUGUUGAUGAUGCUGACCUUGCCGGGGAUGUUGUCAAGAAUCUUCACAACUACUUUAGAACAAUGUACAAGAAGGUCACUGAAGCUGAUAUUGAGGAGUUUGAAGCAAACUAUAGGGGAUCUGACUCAGAGAAAAAUGAUUUGAUUGAUUUGUACAAGAAGUGCAGAAGUGUUUGUUUGGAUUGGCCAGUCUGUGGACCCAAAAGAAAAACAAAAUGCUUUUGAAAUUGGCCAGAGCUAUAUAGAUAAGGCUGUAUCACUGGAGGGACUAUCUCCUCGGGUACCGCUAUAUAAAGUAACAGAAGGGAAUGAACCAUGCUUUUCACAACAUACUUUCCAUGGGACAAUGCUAAAGCUUCGGUUCAGGGAAACUCUUUCCAGAAAAAGGUGACAUUACUCUUCGGGAUUCGCCAUGCUGUAGAGGAAAAGUCUAAUGGGCCAAGUCAAGGGGGACCAAGACAAAGAGCUGAAGCUUUCUUUGCCUUGUCUAAUGCCUUUAAUUCAUCUUCUGAUAUGACAUCCAGUAUGGUAUGGCAACAUGUUUAAGAUUGUAUAAACUAUGUUUUUCUUUGUUGUUUUAUAGUCAAUGAAAUUCAACCAAAAGUAG